ACAUCCCUGAGAGCUAGGGGCCGGGACCGUAGGGACGAAGACCUGACUGCCCUCUCGGUGCUCAGGUCCCGGAGGUUUGGGAUGAAGGGGGAUCAGAUAUGAAAUCACACAUUGCAGAGCUAACUGCAGCUUUCGUAAGGGCCCCGGGGGUAUAACAAAAGCAUAACCAAAAAAAUGAUAAUGCUUCAUUUCUACCUUAGGACAUGAUUACCUACUAAAAUGUAGGUUCGUUGUCUCCAUUUUGCAGAGUAUGAAACCGAGGCUCAGGAAGCUUAGGUGAGUUCCUGAGGUCACAGCGUUAGUAAGUGGCAGAGCCGGGAGCUGAGACCCAAGCUCCGUUUGGCUCCAUGCCCUGCGCCCUGACCCACUGAGGGCCGCGACCUGAGCCGCUAAUGUCCCCACAACCGAGCCAGGUGUAGGCGCAGCAGCCCCAGUCUCGAGCGCCCCCGAUUGACGAAGCUGGGAUUCGCGAGCCCGCGGCGAUCUGGACUGGGGUCUCUGCCCCUCCCCGGGGCGGUGGUCCAGUGACGUCACCGCCUCUUUAAGACCCCGCCUCCGCCCCAUCCCUGCAUUCGUCUCGCUCUUACGAAUCUCUGCGGACUCUCCUUCUCAGUGCAGCUCCUCUCAGCUUCAAUCUCACCAUGGCCUCUGCUGGUCUGCAAAUACUGGGGAUCAUCCUGACGCUCCUUGGCUGGGUGAAUGCCUUGGUGUCCUGCGCCCUGCCCUUGUGGAAGGUGACCGCCUUCAUCGGUAACAGCAUCGUGGUGGCCCAGGUGGUGUGGGAGGGGCUGUGGAUGUCCUGUGUGGUGCAGAGCACGGGCCAGAUGCAAUGCAAGGUGUACGACUCAAUGCUGGCACUGCCCCAGGACCUGCAGGCCGCCCGUGCCCUCUGUGUCAUCACCCUCCUCAUCACCUUGGUGGGCCUGCUGAUCUACCUAGGUGGGGCCAAGUGCACCACUUGUGUGGAAGACAAGGACUCCAAGGCCCGUUUGGUGCUCACUUCCGGGAUCAUCUUUGUCAUCGCAGGGGUCUUGACCCUGAUCCCCAUCUGCUGGACCGCCCAUGCCAUCAUCCAGGACUUCUACAACCCUCUGGUGGCAGAGGCCCAAAAGCGGGAGCUGGGGGCCUCCCUCUAUCUAGGCUGGGCGGCCUCUGGCCUUUUGUUGCUGGGUGGGGGGCUGCUGUGCUGCACCUGCCCCUCUGGGGGGUCCCAGGGCUCCAACCAUUACCUGGCUCGAUACUCGGCAUCGGCCCCACGUGCCAACUCUCAGGGUCCCUCUGAGUACCCCACAAAGAAUUAUGUCUGAUGUAGGGUAGGAGAGUGGGUCUCCCUUGAUAGUGGAGCCUACCCCCUGAGCUGGAAUCAUCAAGAUGCAUGACAGCUUCAGGGUUGCUUUUAUCUUGGUUUUGCUUUUUAUUUGGGAGGGGUGGGAUUUUUUUUUUUAAUCCAUUUGAUAACCACCAAACCAAAAAGAAACUCGAUCUUCCACUUGGGCUCUGCUGCUGGCAUUUCUCACCUUUGGGUGAUGAAACCAAGGAUGCGACACUUCAGUUUCUGGAUUUCUCCACCCUGGACAUUCCCAUCUUGGAGGCCAGCUUGGAGCUGUGGCCCUAGGGUGAAGGCUGCUUGCUGGCCAGGUGUUUUGUAACAAGAUGCUUUCACAGUCUGUCUCCAAAGAGUUUUUGCUGCUGUUGGGGCAGUUCCUCCCUGGUCUUGAAGAGACAAGCCCCGCCUUGCUGGUCAGGCCUCUGGAGCUCCAGGGGCUUUUGUGCCUCAAAUAACCUCUCCAAGAGCAGGUGAUUAAGUUACCAAAGAACCUUCUACCUCCAAAGCUUCUGUCUCUUCCGACCUGAGCCAUGUCCCAGCCAUACUCCAAACCCCUGAACCUCUCACCUCCAGCCCCUGCACGCUUCUGUCAUGCCCCGCCCACACGCACCAGUUUUUACUAAAUAAAGUGUGUUUUGUUACUU